CUGGAGGUCCUGGCGGCGCCGCGGGCGGAGGGGCCCAGCCCGGCCCUGCGCGUUCUGGGUACCGGACUGCGCCGGCUGCUCUCCUCCUCCGUGGGUGCGGGCGCAGGCGCAGCGGGCGCGGGCUCGGCCGGCCAGGGGCGGUGGCGGGGGGGGGUGAGGGUCCGUUGGGCCCGCGGGAGCCCCGUCGCUGUGGUUACCGGCGAGGGGCUCGUGUGUGACGCGCUGAGCCUCCCCUCUCUCUGCUUGCUCCCGCCCGCUUGCCAGGCAGAGUUGGGCCGGUGCCGCCGCCCCGGGCGCGGUGUGAGCGGCAGCACGGGGAUGGGCUCCCCUAGCUUCCCCAGGAAGUUGGCCCUCGGCCGCUGAACCCGCCCGAAGCGCCCACAGGCUCCCGUGGCGGCGGCGUCCUUGGGGGGAAGAGAGGGAGCGAGGGGCAGGGCCGGGCCGCCUCUGGCAGCAGCAUGGAGCAGAGCGUCGUGGAUCACCCGGUGACCCUCAUCAUCAAGGCUCCCAACCAGAAGUACACCGACCAGACCAUUAACUGCUUUCUGGACUGGACUGUGGGCAAGCUAAAGUCUCACCUCUCCAAAGUCUACCCCAGUAAGCCGUCAACAAAGGAUCAGAGACUGGUGUAUUCUGGCAGACUGCUUCCUGAUCAUCUGCAGCUGAAAGAUGUUCUCAGAAAACAAGAUGAAUAUCAUAUGGUUCAUCUGGUCUGUACUUCUCGGACACCCCCAAGUUCUCCAAAAGCCAGCACCAGUAGAGAUGGUCACGGAGCUGCAACCUCCAGCAGUAGCUCACAUUUGGACCGUUCUGGAUCAACUGCUGCCUCACCUCCAAGCCAAGAAGCUUCAUCUACAUCUUUGAACAGUAGUACAGAUGGAGUGAGGCAUCGUAAUCCUCCACAAGCACAAAGCAAUCCCAUCCCAAGCCACCAGUUCCCUUAUUUAAUGCAAGGCAGUAUAGGCAACCAAUUUCCAGGCCAAGGUGUUCCUGCUGGAUUUUCUGUGUACCCUGCAUUCAGUCCUUUACAGAUGAUCUGGUGGCAACAGAUGUAUGCACGUCAGUACUACAUGCAAUACCAAGCUGCUGUUUCAGCCCAAGUGACUUCCAGCACCGAGCCAGUGAGGUCUGCAGUUGGCCAGGCUGUAAAUUCAGAACAUGCUCCUGCUAACCAGCCUGCAGCAGCACCCAAUGUAGCUGUCCAGGAGAACAGGCCUGUAAACCCUAAUGUGCAGAUGAAUGCACAGGGGGGCCCUGUGGUGAACGAGGAGGACUUCAACCGGGACUGGCUGGACUGGAUGUACACCUUCUCCAGAGCUGCCAUUCUCCUCAGCAUUGUCUACUUCUAUUCUUCCUUCAGUCGCUUCAUCAUGGUGAUGGGAGCCAUGCUGCUGGUCUAUCUACACCAAGCUGGAUGGUUCCCUUUCAGGCAAGAGGGAGGCCAACAACAGGCAGCCAAUAACGUGGAAGCGAACCGCGAUGGGCAACAUGCAAAUAAUCCUGAUCUUGAGGAGAUGGAACGACUUAUGGACGAUGGGCUUGAAGAUGACAGUGGAGAGGAUGCAGGGGAAGAUGCCAAUACAGAGCAGCAGCCUGGAUUCAUGGCUUCUGCUUGGUCCUUUAUCACAACCUUCUUCACAUCGCUCAUCCCUGAGGGCCCUCCACAGGUUGGCAAUUGAUGCGUGCAAAAAAGGAACUGUGCUGGGCAGCCUCAAGUAGCCAUAGGUAGAAGUGGAGCAGGUUCUAGAGAGUGUUUUAAAUACAGUGCAAUUCCUGGAAAAAUGCUGAUGUUAUCUUUUUUCAGAUCAUGGUGUACAAAAAGUGUAAUUUUUUUCUCCCUUUUUUGGCUUUCUCAUGCAUUGAAUAUUUUAAGCACAAGUGGACUACUCAAUGCUUUUUUUUUGGGGGGGGAGGGGAAUAUUCUUCUUUUUCUGAAGAAUUAAAAUGUAAAAGAGAUUGGUCUUCCAUGUUUUGGUUUCAGAUGUGUGUUAUACUGAGGCUAAAAGGCUUAAUCUGCACCAUUUACCUCUUUCAAGAGCUGUUGAGAAGAUGAAUGUUGACACCUUUCCAAAUGCCCUCUCUUCCUCUGCAUAAUGUAUCUUGGGUUAGUUCUGAAUUACCACUUGGGAUUUGGAGCUCCUGGCAUUUCCUGGUCGUGGCCACACAACACCUAAGCCUCUUCUCAUAUGCCUUUAGAAAGCUCAAAGCUUUUUGCUUGAUUCUCUCCUCAAGUUCAUUAAAAGCUGGAGAUGUUUGACAGCUCUUCAAAGACAGUUGACAGUGAUGGGAUAAACCUGAACCGUUUGAUACAUACAGUACUUUUUAAGAGACAAUAUAGCUGUACUGGGGAGGGGGGGAGGAAACCAACCAUAUGUACAUUGUUUUGUUGGUUUGUUUGGGUUUGUUUUUUGGGUUUUUUUGGGUUGUUUUUUUUUUAAUAAAAACUGUUAUGGGAACUCUUUUGGAUGUUUAUCUGCACCCUCGAAUCCAAACAACUCAAUCGUGCAUCGUGAAGGACGAGGAGAUGAUUUGAUUGGAGUGGAAUAAAGUCACCGUGGUGGCAUGACCAA